AUGGCCACUCCAACAUUCAGCCUACCUCGAAAGCAAACGGUAACAAAAGGUACAAAAAUGUCCUGGAAAUUGAUGCUUGUUGUACUUAUUUUGGGAGUUGUAGUGCAAACUUCCUCGGCAAGAAAACUUCUUAGGAGGGAUUUAAUCAACCUCAAUGGUUUUGACCAAAUUUUAGGAGGACUUGGUGGCGGCGGCGGCGGUGGUGGUGGCGGUGGUGGUGGUAGUGAUGGUGGAUUUGGUGAGGGCUUCGGAUUUGGUGAGGGUCAUGGAUCGGGUGCUAAUGAUGGAUUUGGCCAAAUUGUAGGUCUUAUUGGCGGCGGCGGUGGUGGUGGCGGCGGCGGUGGUGGAGGUGGAGGUAGUGAUGGCGGAUAUGGCUAUGGCAUUGGAUAUGGCGAGGGUCACGGAUCCGGUGCAAACGGUGGUGGCGGUGGUGGAGGGGGUGGCGGUGGCGGCGGCGGUGGUCAAAAUGGUGGUAAUGGUUUUGGUUUCGGAUAUGGAUCGGGUCAUGGUGGUGGCAAUUGA